ACGGUCCCCACUGACUUAAAGCAGCCAACACCACUCACCCAGCAGGGGGAUGUGGAAGAAGCUCCAGAGAAAGAGCUUCAGGAAGUAAAGAAGAGGUCGCACUCUGCGGCAGUAAUGAGCCAUGUCACCCAAAAGCUUAUGGAUCUCUUCCGAUCUGCUCCCCGGGGUAUUCUCGACAUAAAAAAGGUGGCAACCCAACUGGGAGUAGGAAAAAGAAGGGUCCAAGACGUAAUCAAUAUUUUCAGCGAGAUGGGGCUCAUUGAAAGAAGAUCGAAUAACCGUGCUCGCUGGAUCGGCUUUGACCUUAGCAACCAGGACGAAGGGCCCCAGCAGAAGAAGCUGAAGGAAGACAUCUUACAGUUCCAAAUGACCGAAGAAGCUCUGGAUGAAUUGAUUAAGGAUAGUGCUCAGCAGUUGUUGGAGCUAGCCAAUGACAAAGAAAACCAAAGACUAGCCUACCUGACGAUUCAAGACCUUAAUGCCAUUCCCGUCUUCCAGGAGCAAAAUGUUCUUAUAGUGAAAGCUCCUGAAGAAACCAAGUUGGAAGUGCCGACCCCGGGAUUCGACUCCAUUCAAGUUUAUAUAAAAAGCACCAAGGGCCCGAUUGAUGUUUAUUUAUGUGAAAGGGAGGAUCACAUGGCUAAUAAUAUGCCCCACGCUGGAGAAACCUCUACAUCGGAAAGCAAGCGUCCUGAAGAACUGGAUAAAGAAUGAAAUUCUCCAACAGUAACGAGAAGAAUUUCUUAAAAUGAGCACCUGAUAGC